GAAAGCGAAAGUAGGUGUGUCUGUCUAUAUACGAGCUGUAUGAGCGAUUCAAUGCACUGAGCUUUUCACUUAAGUGUACAGGGACCUCACGAACUGCUACAGUGGAGAGAAUGAGCCUCAAUCAGGAAAAGAACACUAUAGACUGCUUUAGAAACAGACUGCGAAGUCUUAUUCUGGUCGAGCCUGUUCUGGGUCAGGUACACUUUCUAAGCACCGAGCAAAAGGAGCUAAUAAGAGCGAAGUUACAGAGCGAAGGUAACCUGAGAGCAGCGGACCUUUUUCUUCAUGAAGUUACUAAUAAAGAUUACCCCGAGGGAUGGUUCAGGGAACUGCUUACAGCCCUGGAAGGCGCAGGCUGCAAAGAAGCAGCAAAUUACAUGGAAAACAAUCCUCCUAGUCCAUCGGCAGAGGCUGAAAACGACAACUGCAUACGGCUGAUAAACCUCCUACAGCUCACUCUGAUUAAUAUGAAAACCCGUGAUGUCUGCCAGAGCUGUUUCCAGCGCUCUAUUCUGACCGAGGAGGAUCGCCAAAAUAUUUUAGCAGAGACUGAUCGGCAGGGGAACAUGGCCGGGGCACGUCUGCUGCUCUCUCGACUGAUGAAGAAUGAGUUUGGAUGGUUUUCUCAAUUCCUGGAUGCUCUGAAAGAGACAGGACAUGCUGGGUUGGCUCAGGAGUUACAAGGAGAACCCUUGGAGGACCCUGAAGCAGUGUCCAGUGAAAAUGACAAACCACAGCCUUUGAAGGAAGGGCAUGAGCAGGCUACUCAGGGUGAAAUGGAGAAAAUGGAACAGGUUGUGGAUGAUUCUUCUCCUAGAUCGAUCUCUUCCCCUCCACCUUUGGACUCCGAGGCCUCUCUCAUGUCCACACCAGGCCUUAGGGGCGCAGCCCUGGAUAGCAGCCUAGACAGCAGCAUGGACAGCAGCAGCUUCCUCUCUUCUAUGGAUACAUCUUCUGAUCUUGCCACUGGAGAUUUGGAAUUGUACAAAGGCAGUGAUGAGGAAAUGGAGACAGACCAAACAGCAGAGAGUCUGGAUCAGUCAGGAACCGAAGGAGAGAUUGUUUUACGUGAUUAUCAGAUGGAAGUUGCUUGGCCAGCUCUCGAGGGAAAGAACAUCAUCAUAUGCCUCCCGACAGGAAGUGGUAAAACUAGAGUGGCAGUGUACAUCACUAAACAACAUCUGGAGAGCAGAAGGCGGAUGGGACAGCCAGGAAAAGUUGUUGUCCUGGUCAACAAGGUGCCCCUGGUGGAGCAGCACUACAAAGCAGAGUUUGGGAAGUUUCUGAAGAACCAGUACUCUGUAGAGAGAGUCAGUGGAGACUCACAGCUCAAAAUCUCCUUCCCACAAGUUGUUGAGAAGAAUGACAUCAUCAUCUGCACUGCACAGAUUCUGGAAAACUCUUUAGCCAAAGCCAAGCAGGGUGAUGAGGAUGGGAUAAAGUUAUCACAGUUCACUCUGAUGGUCAUUGAUGAGUGUCACCACACUCAGAAGGGUGGUGUGUAUAACCACAUCAUGAUCCGCUACCUGAAACAAAAGCACAAGAACGCUGGAUUGGUUAAGGAAAUGAAAACUCCGAUACCCCUCCCACAAAUCCUCGGCCUAACUGCCUCACCCGGCGUGGGUGGAGCCAAAACCCAGCUGAAAGCCGAGGAGCACAUUCUCAGAAUUUGCGCUAACUUGGAUGCGUACACAAUCAAGACCAAAAGCCUUGGAGAGGAAGCCAAGGCUCCAUACAAAUGCAUUGCAAGUGCUCAAGAGAGAAAAGAGGAUCCCUUUGGAAAUGUGAUAAAGGGGAUCAUGGAUGAUAUUCAUGCGCACGCUGAGCUGAAGCCACUCUGCCAGCCAGGCACCCAGAAUUAUGAGCAGUGGGUGGUCCAGAAAGAGCAGAAUGCUGCUAAAGAGGACAACCAGAAGGUGCGGGUUUGUGCAGAGCAUCUACGUCAGUACAAUGAGGCUCUCCACCAAAGCAACACCAUCCGCAUGUCUGAUGCCUUCAGCUUCCUCCAGAAGUACCAUGAUGAGGAGAUCAAGAAGAAAUUCAACCCUGAUGAUGAGGACACCAUUGAAAUCACUGACACUGAAAGAUUUCUCUUCGGUUUGUUCAAAGAUAAAAAAGAGCUUCUGCAGACGCUGAUGAAAAAUCCUGCAUAUGAAAAUAACACUCUGGCCCAGCUGAAGACCCUCAUUCUGAAAGAAUUUACUUCCAGAACUAAGGCCAGAGGCAUCAUCUUCACCAAAACACGCCUCAGCGCCAUCGCUCUCAGCCAGUGGAUUCAAGAGAAUACAAAGUUUGAGGACGUUGGUGUACGAGCAAGCCAUUUGAUUGGUGGAGGGGACCAAAGCGUGGUCAAGCCAAUGACUUCUGCUGAGCAGAAGGAUGUACUGAACAAAUUUCGUGAGGGAGAGAUCAACUUGUUGAUAGCCACCACUGUGGCAGAGGAAGGGCUGGAUAUUGCAGAAUGUAACUUUGUCAUUCGAUACGGUCUUGUGACUAAUGAAAUCGCUAUGAUUCAGGCUCGAGGUCGAGGAAGAGCAGAAGACAGUAGCUAUACAGUGGUGGAGGAGGCAGGAUCGGGUGUAGCAGAGAGGGAGAGUGUGAAUGAAUACAGGGAGAAAAUGAUGAGCAAAGCCAUCGCCAGGGUGUGCACAUUGACCCGAGAAGUAUAUGAAAAGAAAGUAAAAGAGAACCAGAUGCAGGCGAUCCUGGAAGAGCGUGUGAAGGUGAAGAAGAAGCAGCAAAAGGGCAUGAAAAAUGAGAACCCCAGCAAAGUGAAGCUCAGCUGCAGAAGCUGUGGUACAUUAGUUUGCUCUGGAGAAGACAUUGAGAUCAUUGAGAACAUGCACCAUGUCAACGUGACCCCAGUCUUCAAAGACUUGUUCACUGUGAGAGAGAACACCUCCCUUCAGGAGAGAUUGCUGGACUAUGAAGCAAAUGGGGUCAUUGCAUGUAAACGCUGUGGACAGCGUUGGGGUUCUAUGAUGCUUUAUAAGAGUAUUGAAUGUCCUUGUCUCCACAUUAAGAACUUUGUGGUGACAUAUGACUCAAAGAAAAAGGUGUUCAGUAAGUGGAGUGAGCUCUCCAUGAGGUUCCCUGCAUUUGACUACUCACUGCAUGCUGACCUUGUCACGCACAACUCAGACGAAGAAAGUGAAGACACAGAGUAAAACCACUGGAAAAACUCAACACUCAUCUUGGUUCUGUUACUGGCAACUGGUUAUCAUGAACACACUGUCAAAGGUAUUGUGCUGUUGAAGUAAUGUAAUACUUGAAUAUCAACAUUUUGUUAAAUUACCUAUCAUAUUCAAAAUAUGCGAAAUCUGCAGAAAAAAUUACUAAGUGGAACAAAGAUUGUAUCAUUUUAUCAUCAGUGUGCAGUGGUAAACUAAAUGGGAGCAUUUCUUAACUUUGUUUUUCACAAAAGCCUUGUUUUGUUGUGGUUACUCUUAUUUUCUGUUUAUUUUGUUUUUCAUAAAAAACUGUAUUCAUUUAUUUAGAAUCCUGGUUUCUGAUUGAUGACCCUCCAUAUUGUACAUUCACAGUUUCGGGUACCACACAUAAAUGCUACAUUCACCCUGUAUUGUAAGUUGCUCUGUCAAAUACAUAACGGCAAAUGUAAAUGGUGACUUGUUCUCCUUGAUAAUGUCAUCGUCCUCAAUUACCAGUAGUAGCCCAGCAGUCAGUUGGCAGUGACUUCAGAGGUAACAGUGGGAUUAAUCCCAUGUUAGGUCUUAAGCCCUUGACCGUUCCCAAGUUGCUUGACAGAGACCGUUCCUGGAUUUUGUCAGUGUAAGAGAGAAGUGACAGAUACACAUAGAUGAGGUUACUUAUGUCUAUGAUCUUGAAGAAACAUGCUUAGACUUUUGAGUGUACUAAGCUGUUUUUGUAAGAAUGUUGUCACAGCUUGGGUCACAGCUUGGGUAAAAGAGCUUUUCUUUUAAUCAAACUAUUCUCUUGCACUGACCAUGCAUUCUGAAAGCAUGGCACAUGGGUUUUUCCAACUUGACACAUUCUAAAAUGUGACACCGCAGUGGAUAUAUUAACCCUGAAUAAAUGUCAAACUGCAAA